AUAGCAGUUGCCAGAGAUCAACAAAAAUCGAGCAUAUUAUAAAAGCCAAUUGAACCAAAAAAAAAAACAACAAAUCACCAAUUAGCAGCUUUUUAAGUUUUCAUUAACCAUAAAACGUAUUUUCUUCAGAGCUGCUUUCUUCUUACAGUCGGCACCUACUACAUUCGUCCUUUCAACAUGUCCGAGUUUCGUUUCUUCUCAUUCACCGAUUUCCAGUACCGCGCCAAUGACUCAACGCUCUUCACCUUGCCCAUCACGCUUUCGACAAAGAGCACACCGGCCGACAAUGAGAUGUCCGAUGACUUGAAUGUGCCGUACAUGGUUUUCGAGAUAUUAGUUGCGAUUUUUGCCGUUGUCGGCAAUUUUAUGGUAAUUGUGGUUUUUCAACGCGAACGCAAACUUCGUCGUCGUACAAAUUAUUAUAUAGUUUCUUUGGCGAUGGCAGACUUUCUGGUCGGCUCGCUGGGUGUGCCAUUUGCGGUGCUGGCAUCGGUGGGUUUGCCAAGAGAUUUGUAUACCUGCCUCUUCACCGUUUCACUGUUGGUGGUGUUGUGCACAAUUUCCAUUUUCUGCUUGGUGGCCGUAUCGGUGGAUCGUUAUUGGGCCAUACUAUAUCCGAUGGCAUAUUCGCGAAAUGUGCGCACGCGUACGGCAAUUGUAAUCAUCUCGAUGUGUUGGGUCGCUGGCACAAUUGUGGGUUUUCUACCGUUGUUUGGUUGGCAUGUGAAGCCCGAAAACCAAGCGGAUAUGAGCUGUCAUUUUGUCAAAGUAAUGGAUUACAAUUAUUUGGUGUUUCUGUACUUUGCAACCAUAAUAACACCGGCGUUGCUAAUGUUGGCUUUCUAUACGCACAUCUAUCGCGUCAUCGUCAAACAGGUACGCCAAAUAGUCACAAUGAAUCCGACGAGUAAUAGUAGCCGCCGUUCUUCCAACACACAAGUCCAAAUAACACCUGGUCGGCCACAUGGCGGCACUAUGCUACGCGUCUUAGGCGCUUCACGCAAGCGCGAUGUGAAAGCUACCCAAAAUCUCUCCAUUAUUGUGUUGUUCUUCAUGAUCUGUUGGUUUCCGCUGUACACCAUCAACUGUAUCAAGGCGUUCUGCCCCGACUGUCAGGUGCCUGGCAAGCUGACACUUUUCUGUAUUAUACUCUCUCACCUCAAUUCGGCCGGCAACCCUGUGCUGUAUGCAUAUCAUUUAAAGGAUUUCAGACUGGCUUUAAAAAAUUUGCUUUUGAAGAUAAUGGGCAUUGAGGUUGAGCCAGUAGUGGAUCCAAUGCAUCGCUUCUCGCUGGCAAGUCAACACCGCCUACAAUCCAUAGAGGCGAGUUUGCGCAACUCGCUGCAACCACGCAUUUAUAUAGAUUCUCCCAUUUGGUUACGCCAGCAACAGCAAUCACUCAAGAACUCGCAAUCGACGCCAAAAUGCGGCGUUAUAACACCUUGCCUAAACAACAUUAACAAGACGGUCACCGCUGUGGCUUCUGUGCCCGCUGAUAUUGGCCGCGAUAUGUGGAAUAUAGUGGAGGCCUCAAGUGGCGCCGAGCUGGAAGGUAUCAACUACGAAUAUCCCAUUGGAAGAAGCGCGAAUACGCCGCCUACGCCCGCGUCCCAACAGCAGCGUCGCGGCUCUUCUUUCGGCAAUGCCUACAGUCCUUCCUACUCCUACAACAACUGCAACUACUACAUCAGUCCCGACG